AUGGCAAGUGAUGGAGUUGAGAGCAAAGAUGAUAUCUUGAAAAAGCUUAAAGAUGCUCUCAAGGAUAAAACAUUUCUUCUUGUUCUCGAUGAUGUUUGGAAUGAAAAUUCUAAGGAAUGGGACGACUUUAUGAAUUCCAUGUCUGGAAUUACUUCCACUAUGGGAAAUGGCAUUAUCAUCAGUACCAGGAGUCAAAAGGUUGCUUCAACUGUUAAACCAUUUCAUAUUCAUUCUUUAAAGGGCUUAUCAGAUGAUGAUUGCUGGUCCAUAAUAAAAGCAAAAGCUUUUGAUGGUAAUGGAGAAGUUCCACCAGAAUUUGUAACGAUUGGAAAAGAGAUUGCGAAAAGAUGUCAGGGUCUGCCAUUAGCUGCCAAUGUAGUUGGGGGUGUGCUUCGCCGUAAGUCCGAAGGAGAGUGGCGUGUGAUCAAUGAUGAAGGCCUUCCCGGUGGUGAAGGUGCUGAAAAUAUCCAAAAAAUACUGAAAUUGAGCUUUGAUUAUCUACCUUCACCAUCACUCAAGAAGUGCUUUGCGUAUUGUUCGAUUUACCCCAAAGGUCAUGACAAAUAUGGAUAUAACAAUGUGAGUUAUGUGAUGCACGAUCUUGUGCAUGAUCUUGCAUCUGCAGUUUUAUCUAAUGGGAUACCAAUUAGAUACAUGUUUCUCAAAGAAGAAUCAAGUCCUAUUCCAAAAGAAGUGGCAAAGCAUUUGCGUACAUUAAUCUUUGAAGGUGAUCCUUCCCAUACCAAUGACAAGUUGCCUGCGAAGAUUGGGAGAUUAACUAGUCUACAAACACUACCAGAGUUUUCAGUGGGAAAAGAGAAGGGAUAUCGAAUUGAAGAGCUCGGGAGUUUGAAGAAUCUCAGAGAAAGUAUAGAGAUUCAACAUCUUGAAAGAGUGUGUGACAAGAAAGAGGCUAUGAAAGCAAAUAUGUUGGAGAAGCCAAACCUAUAUGAAUUGGUGCUUCAAUGGGAUGAGGUUGAUUUCAGUGAAAGAAAUGAUGAGAGUGUGUUGGAAGGUCUCAGACCUCAUGCAAAUCUGAAGAAGUUGAGGAUUGAAGGAUACAAAGGCAAAAGAUUUCCAACAUGGUUACAGGGUGAACCUCAAGGCUCUUGCUUACCACUUCAUAACUUGAUUGAGAUAAAACUCUAUAAGUGCUCAGAAUGUGAGGAAAUAACAUUGGACCACUUGCCAAAUUUAAGGUCGCUCUAUAUAAGGGGAUUAGAGAGUUUGAAAUGUUUGUCAAAGAGGUUUUUCUAUAACCAUCGCAAUCUCUCAUUCUUGAACAUUGAAGAAUGUGAUAUGUUGGAAGCAUUACCAGAUGGAUUGGACACCCUCAAUUCUCUGGAGAGGUUGACCAUAGAAAGGUGUAGAAAUCUGAAGUCGAUGGGGAAUCCAAGCUGCGGAGAAGGAGAAAAUCAAGGAACCCUCCGUCUGCUGAGCAUUAAAGACUGCGGAGAACUGAUGGAAUUGCCACGUCAAAUGCUAGAGUUGUGGGCCCCUACAAUUGAGCUUCUUGAAUUGGAGGGAUUAAGGAGCCUAACGAAUCUACCAAUGCUAAUUGACUGCCUCGCUAAAUCAUCUCAUCUCAGAGAUUUAACAAUCAGAGGCGUUCCUAAAUUGAUGUCUGCUGGUAGUGUUGAGAGUUGGGAUUUAGGUAGCUUGAGGUAUUUAAAUAUAGAUGUGAGUGAGGAGUGGUCAAAAGAGACAAGUGUUGCCAUUAAUGAGACUGUGAAUGGCAUAUUGGAAGGCUGUUGCAACUCACUUGAGGAGUUAACAUUAAGAGGGGUGGAAAAUUGGGAGUGGCUGCCUCAAUCAAUUCAACGUCUCACUUCUCUUUCUAUCUUAAUGUUAGAAAAUAUAGGGAUAGAAGAAUUGCCGCAAUGGUUUGGAAACCUCUCAGCUCUAAGACAUUACAUCUAUAUGGCUGCACAAAGUUGA